UGAGAGUUGAAAUACUUUAUUGGAGUUAACGAUGAGUUCCAGUCCACCUUUCCUUGCUCCGUUCACACUUCAUCAGCGGGAUCAGGUGUGUUUAGCUAAUCAAGCGUCUUUCAGGUGGAACAUUCAGUGCAGUGUUGGGCCAGCAAAUGGCACCACUGGCCAAAGCUACUCAUAGUGAGUGUGCGCGUGUUUUUAGUGCUUGGGAGUUCGCAUCUCAUCAGGGGUCCGUCAGCUCAAACGGGCAUUUCUGUCCCAUUUCCUCAGAGAAAAAAGCGUCCUUGAGUUUGUCGCCGCCUGGUGGCCACAUGUGUGAACUACACCGUGAGCGGAGAGAGAGAGAGAGAGAGAGAGAGAGAGAGAGAGAGACUGAAGGCUCACGGAGCUCAAGAGCAUGUCGCCUCCUGUUGCUGCGCCUCACUGUGGGAUCUGUUGUCGACCUUUCAGACCGUUCACAUGAACGCAGAAAGCUUUUUUUUUUAACGCGUUCGCUCGCUAUGUUCGACCCGGAGGUUUGGCGGAGUGAGCCAGCGCAGCGUCUGCUCUGAGUCCGGAGAGGGGAACCGGGCUUGUGAUUGAGGGGAUUUUCUGUAUUGUUUUUUGACACAACUUGGCAGACUUGGCGUUUGCUGCUGCUGGAGCUGUUUGUUUGCAGAGAAAGUGUGAAACAAGUGUCAGGAAGAGAGCAACAGAUGUUUUCGGUGGAAAUGCGGCCGUCUAAAGAAUGAGAGCAGCAGCGAGGCACCGGCGGCCCUUCCAGCGGUUCUGCUGCUGUGGAGUCGGGCUGGUCGCCGUCAUUUGGCUCGCACAGGUCAUCCAGGCACCAGAGACAGAUUCUGGGUUUCGGCCAGGCGUGAACGGUGGGGAGCUGCGAUGGACUCGCCGGCUGAUGGAGGAGAAGUCGGACAACCAGAGCGUGGAUCAGCCUCGAGCAGCCAUCCACGAGUUUCCAGAGGACAUCUUUACCAAGGAGCAGAGGAAGGACGGGGCUGUUUGUCUGCAUGCACUCUGUGCCAUCUACAUGUUCUACGCUCUGGCCAUCGUCUGUGACGACUACUUUGUCCCUUCCCUUGAGAAAAUAUCCGAGAACUUGCAGCUCAGUGAAGAUGUGGCUGGGGCGACAUUCAUGGCGGCAGGCAGCUCUGCGCCGGAGCUUUUUACCUCUCUCAUUGGUGUUUUCAUCACCAAAGGAGACGUUGGAGUCGGCACAAUUGUUGGCUCUGCCGUCUUCAACAUCCUGGUGAUCAUUGGCCUGUGUGGGAUCUUUGCAGGCCAGACGGUGGUCUUGACGUGGUGGUCGCUUUUUCGAGAUUCCUCCUACUACAUCCUCUCUGUACUAGCUCUCAUCAUGGUUAUCUAUGAUGCCACAGUUGUCUGGUGGGAGUCGCUGCUCCUCAUGACUAUGUAUGGCAUCUACAUUAUAAUCAUGAAGUUCAACUCCCAGCUUCUGGCGUUUGUGACCCGUCAGCUCAGGAGCUCCGGGCCGUGCUGCCUCGGAUCAGAGAAUCACACGGACAACAAGAUGGGAGAGGAGGGCUCUGCUUGCAACACCUCCCUGGUGCUUCUUAACAAAGGCCAAGCCAAUGGUCAGGAGGCGCCUCCGGUCAUCAUGGUGGAUGAGCUUCUCAUCCUCAACCCCCACAAGCUGUCCUUCUCUGACGCUGGCCUGCGUAUCAUGAUUACCCCCCACUUCUCUCCCCGCACCAGGCUCUCCAUGGCAGGACGCAUGCUCAUCAGUGAGAGACAGAGGCUGAUCCAGAGCUCGAAGAAUCAGCGGGAUGGCGAGGCCGGCCCGGGGUCACGAGGGGCAUCGACCAAUAACAGCCUGAAGAGGACGGGCUCCUGCAGUCUGGAGAACGGAGGCAGUAGACCUGAGAUAGGAGACGCAGAGCCAGGAGACAAGCCUGGAGUCGAGGUGGGCCCGACAGAGGAAGAGGAGGGGGACGACGAUGGGAUUUUCAGCCCUGUGCGCAUACCAGGUAGCUGCUGUGCGCGGGUGAGGUGGGUGAUCAAGUGGCCUCUGGGCCUCGUGCUCUACUGCACUGUGCCUAAUUGUAUUCUGCCACGCUGGCACCGCUGGUUCAUGGUCACCUUUGCGGCCUCGACCCUGUGGAUCGCUAUCUUCUCCUACCUCAUGGUGUGGAUGGUCACGAUUAUUAGUUUCACACUCGACAUCCCAGACUACAUCAUGGGUAUAACCUUCCUGGCAGCAGGGACCAGUGUGCCAGACUGCAUGGCAAGUCUGAUUGUAGCUCGACAAGGCAUGGGGGACAUGGCGGUGUCUAACUCCAUAGGCAGCAAUAUCUUUGACAUCCUGCUGGGUUUGGGUUUCCCCUGGGCUUUGCGUACCCUUGUGGUGGAGCACGGAUCAUCAGUCUCCAUAAAUAAUAAAGGACUUGUGUAUUCUGUCGUCCUGCUGCUGGCAUCCGUGUUUCUGACGGUGAUGUGUGUUCAUCUGAACCACUGGAGGCUGGAUCGCCGGCUGGGUCUGGGUCUGUUGUUUCUCUAUACCAUCUUCCUGCUCUGCUCCAUCCUCUUCGGGCAGAUGUGAGGCCUUAAGGGUCAAAAGACAACCCUGUAGGACAACAUGAUGAGUACCUACCUUUCUACCACACGUCCUCUUUCCUGAAGCCAAAAAAAAGAGCGACAGCAUUGUUGUGUUCCUUGUGAGAGUUUCUGUGCACCUCUGUAGGACUCACUAGGGCAGUACUGUACACAUGCAACUACACAAACACACACUAAUGUCUUUUAUCAAUAGCACAAUUUUUCUUUCUUUUUGUACAGUGCAGCGUCUUUGAAGUAUCAAAUUUGGUGACUUACCAAAAUAUUUAAUGACAUGGCAGAUGGAAGUAGUAGGCUUGUGGGCCUUUAAUAACAAUAUGAAACAGGAAGUGACCCCAACAUAAAAACUAAAAAAAUAUCACGAAUAAUUGGUAAUAGUUUUUUAAAUGAAUGCGUCAUCACUAUUUCCUGUUUCUUUAAUCUGCCAUGUCAUGCUUGGAUCUAUUGUUCAAGAUUUAAAAAAAAAAAAAACUUAGCAGAUAAAAAUUGUCUGUUGGAAUUAGAUUUGAACGCCCUUGUAUGUUUUGAAUGUACAACCUGUACCAUAAGUGUGGAGAUAUUUACAUGCAUUCAAAUGUAGCAGGCGGCACUGAAUUACAGCAAAGACCCUCUGAACAGAUGGUGAGGUACUUUACUAUUACAAUAAAGGACAUGUAUGUGUCUGUAGACUUUUAGAAAAUGCACAUUAUUGUGACAAUAUUUUGCCUAACUACUUAUAAGCAAGUAUUGGUACAGCUUAAUGUACGUAAAGAGAUUAAUUUAGUGUUACAGUAUUUCUAGAAUAAUAUAUAAUGUACGGCGAUGAGUGUCGCAAUCUUUGAUGACUUUGAUUGCAGGUUAGUUGUAAUAUGUCACGUUUAGGUACGACAAUCGAUGUUUGUAUUGUACAUUUUAUGAGAUUAUUUAACUUUGGUGGAACAUUUUUACUCGGAUCAGGACAGAAGCAUCACAUUAUAUACUCGCACAUGCACAUACUGGAUCCGUUUGUGUGUGGCAUCGCAAUAAUGCUGUAUAUUCUAUGUACAUGCUGCUCCACUCUCCUUUUUAUAAGAUCAUUCAGAAAGCACAACAAUUUGGACACAUUCAGAUAAUUAGAUGAAUUCAAGAAUAAAUGUUCCACCAAAAGGAACUGGGCAAUUUGUUUUUGUCUUUUUUCCAAAUGGCUGUAUUAUUAUUAUUAUUAUUAAUAUUAUUGUCAUUGUCUACCUGACAACACUUUUUACUGUUUGUAAAUGUUGAAUAAUUAACAUAGUUUUACAAUAAUAAAUGUCCGACAGAGACUAGUUUUGUGACGUUUUUGAUAUUUUUAAAAGAAAAUACAUAUGUAAGCCUACUUGUGAAUUAUUGUAACGGGAUGAAUGCAUAUGUUGUCAGUUUGUUUAGUGGAAUAUGAAGGCUGUUCUAUCAGACUAGCACUUGCUAUGAAUUCAAUUGCAGUUGUCUUAAAAUCUUUAAAGCACUAAAAUCUCUUAUUUCAGUAUUGAUUCAUUGACGACCUUAAUUCAUGCAAGGGAAGACAGAAAAUUAAGCUCCGUUUACAGGUUUAAAUUGAGUUUAAAAGAACAACAAAAUAUUUUUUUGAAUUUUUUGAAAGAAUGGCUAGAAUAGAAGAAAUAGCACUUAGUUUAAAUGACAGUAAGUAUUCAUCCCUUGUCCCUCUAAAUUGUCCCCACAUAAUCUGUCAUAAUUUAGGUUUACAUAAUUUUUCCAUCUUUCAGUUACGGUUCAAAAGUAUAGUUUCAUUUAAACAUAUUUGAUCAGAUCUGCUCAAAUGUCGUGCCAAAAGGUUUUGUACUAGAUGCAUCUUAAUGGGGUUUUACUGCGACGGAUGUUAAAAUGUUUCAGCCUAAAGAAAUGUGAUAAUUAUCUGAUAAAUGCCUGUAUCCUAAACAUAAAAGCUACACUUUGACACUUGUGGGUAACUUUUUUUCCAUGCCUAUACUGCUUGUCCAGAAAAAAAGGCUGAAACUAUUAGUUGUUUAGUUGAUCAGUAGAAAAUAAAUCAAUAACUAAUCUGUCAAUCAGUUAAUUGUUUGAAUCUUUGAUCAUGCAAAUGUGUAAUUUGCAGCUCCUCGUAUGUGAGGAUUUGCUCAUUAGAAAGGCUGACAAUGAUGGAAAACAUUUUUUUCUUCCCGCUCUUAAUUUAGCACUGUUUUGCAUUUGUGAGAGAAUGCCAUUCUGAUGUAGAGACUGUCUCUGCAUGCCCUCACUACCUUCAUCCUUGUUAAGCAUCCACAACCAUCAUUAACUAAUUGUGUUUUUCCAGGAAAUGAUUUACAGCAGCUUGUGAUGCUAAUUUGUGCUUUCACUCCGCUGUCGGUAGUCUCUUCUGUUAACUCAUGUAUUCAGAUCUACUAAUAAUCUCAAUAUGCUAGUGAUUGCUACUGAGAGGCACAACAGCACCAAGCAGACGGUUGAACUCCAGAACUUGUUGUGGUUUCACAACGCAUUCAAAGAAUGUUAUCUUUAUCCUGCUCUGAUGUUAGGAGCUAGUGGCUCUUUUAGAGUUGAAAUGUAUUGCUUAGAGGUCGUAUUGGAUCAUAGAAGACUGUUGUAUCUUGAGACCAAUAAAUAACGUGCAAUAACAA